AUGACAACAACACCAAAUGAAUUUCUUCAAUUUGCUAAAGAAAUGGGUCUCGGUCAAAUAAAAUCAACUUCAUUAACAUUAUCAAAUAAUAAUAAUAAUAAUAAUAAUAAUGGUUGUACACUAACUGGUUUAUCUGUACUUAAUAACUUAUGUCAUCUUAUUGAAGACAUACAUAAAUUAAAAGCUGAAAAUGAACGUUUACGUGCUCAUUUGGAUUUAAUUAAUCAGGCCGAAAAUUUUUUAUUAAAAACUGAAGAAAAUAAUAAAUUAAUAAAUCAAAAACAACGAAAAAAAAUAAUACAUUCAACAGUAUCCAUUGAUGAUGGUGAAGGUGAUUUAUACGAAGAAAAAAGUUCGACACUAUCACCAUCAAAUUCAUUAAAAAUUAAACAAGCUGAUUUAUCUACUCAAUCAUUAACGAAUAGAGAACGACAGGGUGUGGAUUUGAUAAAUAAUCAUGAAGAUUUAUCAUCAAUAUCAGGUAUUAUUGAUCAUGAGCAAUCAAAAUUGAUCGAUAAUAAUUUAGGUGUAUCUAAUUUAACAAAUUGGAAUAGAGUACGACAUGCAUUAAGAUUUUCACUUCGACGAAAACCAAAUUUACAAAUGAGUCCUAUAUUAAUUCAUACAGAACGAACAAUUCCUGUUAUUAAUAUUUUAAAUGAUAAUGAUAAUGAUCAUAUACAAGAUAAUAUUAAUGAAAAGAAAAAAAAAAAAUCUUUAAUAAAUAUUGAUAAUCAACGAAUUCUUACAGGUGAAGAUACUGAUCAAGAUGAUGAAUGUAUUGAAUAUAAUAGAGUACAACAUAAACGUCAACUUUACAAAAAUUAUCCAAUUAAUUCAUCAAAUAAUGAACGACAAGAUAUAUCAACAUCAAUUUUAUUUAAUCAUUCAUCGACACUUGAUGAUGAUACUUUAUUAAGUCGCAAACAAUCGAGAAUUGCUCAUUAUCGACGUAAAUUACGUUCAAAAUUUAAUACAGUUAAAAAACAAUUUAGUGAUCCAAAUCCAUCCUCAUCAGCACAUCCAUUAACUCGUUUACAUGGAUCUACAUUUGAUGAUAUUGGAUAUGGAUUGAAUCAUGCUUUACUUACAGCUAAAUUAGCUCCAGCAAUGACAAAAUCUUAUCAACAAAAAAUGCGUGAAUGGCAAACAAUGCAAAAAAGUAAUUUUUUAGUAAAUUAUCGUCGACAAUCAAUUACAAAUAAACUUGAAUUAAAUAAUGAUUCUCGAAAAAAAUCCAUAAUAUCAACAAUAAAUGAAUCAUCUAUUGAACCAAAAUCAUUAUUAAUAGAUAAAACAAAUAUAUUAUCAUUAAGUCCUAUUUUAUCAUCAAAUCAACGAUCAUUUCUUGUUAAUCAAUGGCGUGAAAUAAUGUCAGAAGAAAUAUUACUUCGUCAUUAUAAUGAAUAUUUACAAAAUAAAAUACAACAAUUAAAACAAUUUGAAAAAGAUUUAAAAUCUUUAAAAACAAGUAUUUUUUGUACAAAUAAUAAUCAAGAUUAUUUAUUAAAACAUCGUUCAUUAACAAAUAUUGAACAAUAUAAUAAUAAUAAUAAUUCAUUAAAACAAAAUAAACAAACAAAUUUAUCUCGACGUUGUCAUUCAUUUCAAUCAUUAAUAACAAUGCCUAAUUCAUGGAUAUUAGCUGUACAAAGUGCAGCUUAUUCAGAUAUAUUAGAUGGUACAUCAACAAAAAUAACUGAACCAAUGACAAUAUUUAAUAAAAAUUUUUUUAAUCAAUUAAAUCAUUUUAAAGAAGAUCGACAACAUUUUGAACAAGAUACAAUUAAAGAUUUACAAGCAAUGAGAAAUUUAACAACAAAUAUUUCACAUGAAGAAAAUUUUAAUAAUAAACAAUCAAAUCAACAACAAACAAGAAUUUCUUUAAAUCGUAUAUGUCUACGUAAAUUAUCACUUAUUUCACCAAAUGAAAUACCUCAAACAAUUAUAUCAAAUUCUAUGAUACCAUUACAAACAACAAUAAAUAAAUUAGAUUCAUCAUCACAUAUUGAUCAUUUAUCAACACCAACAAAUAGUGAACCAGAACAAUCAAGUCUUCUUGCAUCAUCAAUAGGACUUAAUAAACGUUCAAAACGUUCACGUUUUGAUUUUAAAAAAACUUUACAACGUAGUAAAAGUAUAUGUAUGACACAAUUUAAUUCUUGGCUUCAACGUCAUCGACAACAACGACAUUCAUCUUUACCUAGACGAAAAUCAGCUACAGAUUCAAAAACAACAAAAGAAAUAAUAUCAUCAGCAUGUUCAACACCAAAAUUACUUGGUUCACCUCGUUUAGCUCGUAUUCAUCAAAGAAUAUUUAAACAAAAUCUAUCUUCUUCUUCACCAUUAUCACCAUCACUUUUAGAAACACCACAAUUAAUAGAACUUCCUUCACUAUUAUUAUCAUCAUCAUCAUCAUCACCACCACCAUCAUCACAAGUUUUCGAUGAUUCCGAUGAACGAUUUCAAAAACAAGAACCUCAAGUUCGUAUUUAUUUACCAGCUCGAACAUCUUCAAUGAUUCGUCAUGUACGAAUUACUGAAAAAAAUAUUAUGAAAGAUAAUAAUGGUAAAUCUUCACCAAUAUUAAAUCGACGAAAUUUAUCAUCAGCAAUGAAAAAUAAUAAUAAUAAUAAUUAA